AUGCACCUUCAAAAACGAAGUGGAAGCAAACACAUGGCACAAAUUGUCAACCUCUUAAAAAUGUCUCUCUUUCAGAAAGGAGAUGUAAUCAUCAGCAAAGAAAAGAAUUCAUCAGAAUCCCCAUCCUUUAUAAUUUCAAAAAUUCUUGAAAUCGAUUCAUGGGGUGAUGGCUUAAAUUAUUGUUACCACAUGUCCCUGAGAACGAGCAAUACAGAACCCCCCGAACGAUGGGAGACUCUCCUCGAGGCAAAUCCACAAUCCAUUUACAAAUCCUAUGAUGCACUCACGAAAAAGCUCAUGCACUCAGGCGACACCACCACCGAUGAAGAUGAACCAAUUAAGAAACAAAUGCAAAACAUUUUAGAGAAGGUUCGAAAUCAACCAUGGACUCAUGCACAAAGUGAAUAUCUCGACAAACAUUGCAACAUGCUUGUCAUGCAUUCUCCGUUGAGUUCUGUCAUGAGUUUUGAUUCGAAUGAUGAGGAUGACAACAACGAUGGUGGGAAGGAAAUCAUUCUGUAUGGUCAAGAGCCCAUUCAAGAAUCGGAGCUCAAAGGAUUUCUCACCUACUUGGAACUCACCGAUUAUUCUCGUUAUUUGCUCGUGCUCAAUAAGGCGCAGACCUUUGAUGAAGUCUUUGACAAGUAUUCUGCACUCUUUGAUCAAGCAUUGAAUUGCAGCACUCUUGAAGAAGGAAUUGCCCUCUACAAAGAAUGUUUGAAAAUUCAUCCCAAGUUGUUUGAGGCAUGGGAUAAUAUUGCCAUCAAUUAUCGGGAUUUGCAAAGGUUUGACGAGGCACUGGAAGCCUGUGAAGAAAGUCUUGCUAUUGAGCCCAAUAAUGUAGACACGAUCCGAUUAGCCAUUCAUUGUUGUAAGAAAUUGGGUUCAGGCUAUGAAAAGAUGAUUGAACAGUUUACUAAUCAAUUACAAAAAGCCAUGUCCGAGCAGGAAUGA